CGUCACCCGUCACGUGAAUCAGCUGUGUAAGUGACCGUAGACUGCUCAGUGGAGCGGCAGCCGCCGAGCCGAGAGGACGCACAGCAGAGCAGCAGCACUUGUCUGAUAAACAAUGGCUGCCCUACUCGUGUUGGUGCCGUUACUGUGUGUCGCCGCAGUGGUGGGGGAACCCAGCUGUUCUCUGCCACCCGCCUCCGAAGAGCAGCUCCCAUUUACCAUGGAGAGGAAGGACUGGUACGUGCUGUUCCAGUACGAGGCGCCAGACUACCAGAGGCUCGGAUGCUUCGCCCUCACGCAGACUCCCGGCGAGAAUCCGUACGAACUCAACAUCAACGGCAGUUUCAGCAGGCAACCUGAUUUCCCUGUGUCAGGUAAUGCAGUAUUCAAAGGAAACCGAAUGAUAAAGGUAUAUGAUGGUAAAUGGGACAAGGAGUUUACUGGGGACUACAAUGUGGUGUACGGAGACAAGGAUAUAUUCAUUGAUCACUUCUGCUAUUUGGGAAAUGAAAUGGCCCAGAUCUUCACAACUGACAAGAAGCCCAGCGCUGAAGUGCUCCAACGAAUCUGGAAAGUCGUUGACGAACAUCCUGAAGUGGAAAAAUCCAAAUUCAAGGAAGCAAUCUGCUAAUGCUUUACUUGUUGACAAAUGGAAGUUCGAGUAAGCUGUUUCUAAGAUUUGUAAUCUGUGUUACCUUCCAAUGAGCUUCCUUCUAUUGAGUGAUAACUGAACACAUACAGGACUCAGCUAAACCCAAUCUUUACACAUAUGUUACACAGAUUGUUUUAUAGAUUAUUAAUGAUAUUGAAAGUUUCAUUAUUUGACAGCAGUAAAUAAAAUAAGUGAAUAAGUACUGAGUAAAUCUCUUAUGCAAGGAAUAGGAAAUACGCUGUUUCGAAAUGACUGUCAGAACCCACAAGCUGGAAAACUAUAUUGAUAAUAAAUAAAACUCUGUUUACUUUCUCAUAAUAUCGACACAUAUCACGAAACUUACGGCAACAGAUUGAUGACAAGUACAUUUUUGUAAGAGAUCAGGAUAUAAUGUGAAAUAAGGUCAACUAUGGCGACGUCCAGAAUACGCCUGCAACAGCAUAUGUCACUACGAUCUUUUAGGCGAACUUCAGAUCUCCUCAAAUUCAGUUGACUGACUGAGAAUAUCAAUCAGUAUAUGGAAACCAGAAAGAGUGGAGACUGGUGGAGUUCUCAAACUCAUUUUAUCUAUUUGUCACGAAGUACACCUAAAAGAAAAGAAGGUACACAAGAAUAGACCAGCAUACACGAGUAGGCCUAUACGUCAUUUACAUUAUGUAAUCGUUAGAGAAAGAUUUAGGUACUGAGUAUAGGACUGGGAGGCAUACUUAGGAAUGAAUACGAAUUAAGAUCAUGACGUAGUUCAAUAAAGAGAACAGAAAAUGGUAGUGGGAUAUUUGCAAAAUGUAACUGAAUAAGGUAAAGUAGAAACCCUUUAAACAUUUUCCAUCACGCUGUCGAAGGAGGCCCAAAGGGAUAAAUGCGAAACGUCCUAGACUAUCAGUGUGGAAACUAGUACUUCAUACAGCAGACCACGUAAAUAUACGGUUCAAUAAAACACCACUUGAAAAAAAAAUACACAAACAGAAUGUUUCACUUGUACAAACAACGAGUUUGCUGUUCACCUGUCUUAGAAUGAUGAAGAAAGUGGAUCACAAUGAAUUAACCCAGCAAAAGUACUUCAACCGUAAUCACUCGAUAACUGAAACUGUCAUAUCUAGGCAGAAACAAUACUAUAGCUGAAAAUAACCAAGUGAAAUCUGUAUUAGCCGUAGUUAAUAAAAUUAAUGUACAAGUAAUUCCUAGAAAGGAAUUUUUGGAUUGUUUUUACCUUGUCUAGGAUUGUUCCUACAUAAAAAUAAGCUUAUAGAAAUCAUUUCAAAUGCUUUUAUUAAAACGUAGAAGUACCGUUAAAAGUAAAUGACUGAAAAGUAUAGCGACGAACGUUAAGAAAAGAAAAUGUUGGAUUCACUACUUGACAACCACUGAUAAAAAAAUGUGAUUUCAUAAUUUAUCCACUGUGUUGAACUCUUGUUUCAAAAUACAGGGGCUGAGAAGUAUAUAGAACCAAAGAAAUUAGUGUUCACACUGAUUUGGUAUUUUCAGAUUUCUCUGCUCUGGAAGACAACAUGAAAUGGUAAUUUAACAAAUCAUAAUACAUUCUUAUUUGUUACCGUACUGGACACUCAAGCAAGCAAACCUUGUCGACAAGUUUAAUAAAAGCUGUUAGAUGCAUUUUCUCUGUGAAUUAACGUUCUGGCUAUCUUCAUAUCAGAGAAACACUUUUUUACUAUUUUUGCGUAAAAUGUGUAAAUUUUCCAUUGGAAUAAAAAUUCUCUUUAAGUCAGAUUUCCAGCACUCUUCUUUUUGCAAAUUGAAAAAAUCGGUUUAAUUUUUGCGUAUUGCAAGUCUGCUAACAGUUUACUAUCUUCCGUUUAUAUUCACUCAUUAACUGUAGCUUUUUUAUAGAUAUCCUAAACCAAGAGAAUUUCUUCUGCACCGGUGCAAUAUGUGACACUUACA